GUCCAGCUGCAACACAGCUACUUAGCUAGCUAAGCAGACAUACUUUGUUGGUUGCAAUCGGGAGGGCAGAGGGCACCGACGCGACCCAGGACGAGCCAGGCAAGGCGUCAGCCGUCAGUUUGCUUCGCCCGAGUCACAUUCGGCGGCAUUCGACGUCCUGAAACCCCACACCGGAAACCUGGAGCUUUCUCGCGCAUCAAACGCGCAAGAAGUCUACCACACACUUUGCAUACAAUACAACAAGCAUUUGCGCGAGCUAUCACACAGCGCAGCAGGCUGACACGCGGAACGGUGGGACGACAGCCAAUUAAGGGCCACACGUUCUCUCGCGGGGCGGGCGGGUCCCAGCCAUCUAUUGCGGCACCGGAGCGGCAGCAGUGUUCAACCCGCAACUCGCCAGCCGGAGGCAGGUACAUAGUCAGAGGGAAGGCAUGUCGGCAGCAGCUGUGGAUGUGGGUGGCACUGCCGGCAGCAGCAGCAGCGCCCGACCUGGUGGAGGAGCCGCGGCCGCGGGUGCGGCGACAGGCAGCGGCCGGCUCCCGCCGCGCAUUCCGCCUCCCGCAACCCUCACCGUUCGGUCCGGUGCCAUCGGCGGCGGCGGCGGUGGCAGCAGCAGCCGCGGCGGCAGUAGCAGCUUCAUGGCGGCUGUAGCUCUGGAGGCGUUCUUCCCCCUGGCGCCCGAGACAAUGUUUGAGCUGCUGACCAACCCCGACAAGAGCGGCGCCUUUCGCAACGUGCUGGAGGUGAGGGACCGGCGGGUGGUGCUGGAGGAGGAGGAGGAGGAUGCGGCGGCGCACGCGGCGGCAGCGGCGGCAACUGGUGAUGGUGGUGAUGGUGGUGGUGGUGGUGGCGGCGGCAAGAGGAUUCUGAGGCGGCGGGUGGUGGAGGAGACGCAGGUGGGUGAGAUGCACAUGCUGUGGCGUCACACGCUGUUCGCCACCCGUGUACGACUGGAGGAGGAGGUGGAAGUGGACGAGGUGGAGGCGGCGGCUGGGGCGGCGGCUGGGGCUGUGUUGUACCGGCAGCGAUUCAGCCUACUGCACGGCGAUUCACUGGAGCGCUUCCAGGGCCAGUGGACCGUGCGCGCCGCGCCGCCGCCGCCCGGGUGCGCGUGCGAGCACAUCGACCCGCGGGAGGGCGGCGACGACCCAGCAGAUGGCGCGGAGGAGGAUGGAGCAGCGGGAGAAGAUGGCCAGGAGGGGGUUGGGUUUGAGCGCGAGGCUGAGGACGCGUCGGCGGCUGUAGCAGCCGCACAAGAGCCGUUGGGUGGCGGGCGGCAGCAGCAGGCGGGGGAGGCGGGGGAGGCGGGGACGGCAGCGGGGCUUGGGGGCGAGGCGGCCGCAGCGGAGCCCACUGCUGCUACUGCCGCCACUGCUGGUGCUGGUGCUGGUGCUGCUACUGCCGCCAGCAGCAGCAGCAGUCCGCCGCCGCCGCCCGCCGCUGAGGAGGGCGAGGUGGACGGCGGCAGUAGCAGCGGUGGCUGGGAGGAUGUGGCUCGGCUGCUCAGCGGCGCAGGCUCGCUCAGUCUCAGCAGUGACGUCACCGGCGGCGGCGGCGGCAACGGCGGCGGCGUUGGAAAUGGCGGCGGCGGCGGCGGCGGCGAUGAUGGCAAUGGGGAGCAGGAGGCCGUGACGGAGCCGGGUGAAGAGGCGGCGGCGACGGCGGCGGAGUUGCGGACAUGUGGGGCGCUGCAGGAGCAGCAGCAGCAGCAGCAGCUGGGCGCUGGCGGCGGCGGCGGCGGCGGCGGCGGCGGCGCCGGCCGCAGUCGUGAUGAAGGCGGCGCAGCAGUCGCCUGCCCGCCGCCGGCCCUCACGGGCGGCUCGUCGUCCUCCGCCGCCGCCGCCGCCGCAGUGGUGCCGUGCAUCCCUGUGCUGGUGCGCGGCGCGGUGGGGGGCAUGGUCCGCGGCGCCACCGAGGGGGCGGUGCGGCGGCUGCAUGCGGACAUGGCGGCGCUGGCGGCGCGGGUGCUGGCCGGAGCCACGCCCGCACAGGCCAUUGCGGCACAGCGCGCGGAGCACCAGCAGCAGCACCAGCAGCAACACCAACACCAACACCAGCACAAGAGCGAACAGCAAAAGAGCGAGCAGCGCAAACCCGGCAGCAGCGGCAGCAGCAGCGCCCCCACAGGCCGUGCCACGGCCGCUGGACGCACGGCUGUAGCAGCGGCGGCGGAGCCCGCGGGUCCCGAGGCCGCGUCGUCACCCGCCAACCGCACACGUCACGACGCUACCAUCGGCAGUAGCAGCAGCAGCAGCACCGCCGACGAACUCCCCGCGGCACUAGCCAAGGAGGCAAUGGCUCCGGACCCGGCAGUAGCAGCGGCUGUAGCGGACGCCAUCGGCGCACAGCUGGCGGGGGCCGGCGGCGCCGCCGGCAGUAGCAACACCAGCCGCGGCGGCGGCGCCGCCGGCAGCGCGUCUGACCAGCCACACCCGCUACACAGCAGCAGUGACGCCGCCGGUGACAUCGCGGCUUCUGGCGGCGGCGUGUCGACUUCGUGCCUGCCGCCGCUGCAGCUGCCGUCGCCGCCGCAGUCGCCGCCACUGGUGCGCAACCGGCGGACGGGGGAGGUGGUACACCGCUGGGUGGCGUGAGGCCCCGGCGGGCAGCUCCGCUGGGGGUGAAGGGCGUGCGGGGCACACAUAGAGAACAGCUUCAGCAAGAUAGUACGACGAAAGACGGAGAGGUCUACGGUGCGCUGGGCUGGGGCGCUGGGCUAAACUUUACAUGGAUUGCCCGCGCCAGCGCCGAAGCGGGAGGUCGCAUGGUCCAUGCUGAACGGAUAGGCCAUGCGCCAUUGGUGUUGCGUGAGGGUGAGGGGAAACUGCGGAGGCAGGGCAGGGCCCAGGCCGUGCAGAGUAGGGUGCGUUAGGUGCGUGCGUUCCGCGUUCGCGCCUUCGCCUUACGUACCGAGCACUGUACGGUAGCAGGCACUGCGCUUUUACGCUAGUGAACUGGAGUGGUUGUUGUAAUGCUGUUGUGGGCACAGACGCAGAGCGCGGAGAGGGGAGAGGCGCAUGACUCGUGUCGGACACUUGGACGACUUAGGCGGGUGAGAUUGUAGCCGUGUGCCCGUGUCCAGCUGUGUUGCAUAACCCGAGAGGUGAACGGAUGGAGCUGUUUUUACUAUGGAGGUCAUUGGAGUGCCGGAGUGCGGACAAACGCGGCUGAGGAGAGAGCGACCGAGGAGAGCAGUUGGUAGGUGAUGU